GAAAAACUUUAACCUGCAAAUUUGACAACUGUCACAAAUCAAUGUUUAUUUGAUAAUUAAUAAAUAGAAUGAAUUAAAAUAAGUAAAAUAACAGCGACCCAAUCAUGGUAAUGGAAUCAAAAACAACUAGCAAGACUAGUUGCCUUAAAGCACUAUUAUUAAGGGCUUGGAGAGAAAGAUGGACAGAUCUACAAUGGGGCAUCAACAUCAAAACAGUCCUGCCUAGAGGAGUUAGCGGAGAUGUGUAUAAUCUGGCUGAUUGUAUCCUUCAACAAGCCGUUGUAGGCGCUGGGGCCAACCAGUUAGUGUUGAGUUAUUUGAGACAUUCUUUGAGUGCCCAGCUUGUUUCGCAUGCAGCUGUUCUUCAAAGAUUGAGCAAGUAUAGUCAGAUGAGCAAGGUUCAUUGUGUUUUUAGCCUUCUGGAAUUCUUUGAAGGAAUGCUUCCAGGCAUUACUGUCAGUUGUGGAAAGCCCGAAGAGACUGUAUUAGCUACAGCUGUCUUGUCAGUGGCCCUGUGGUUACUGAAUAUAUUGCAGCACUGCCAAACUAACACAAAAAUUAUACAAAAGACUUCAGAACUGUUGAAAAUUCUAUUGACUGACGAUUUUUAUAUAUCCAUGAUGUGUCUUGCAAGGUGUAAUGACCCAGAUCUCUUCACAGAAGCAAGUAGCAAAUGUUUAGAACUAGAAUCAAUUUUAGGCGAAGAAGACGAGAUUCUUCCGUUUGUAAGAAAAUUAUCGAAUAUGGAUGUUAAUAUCUUGCAAUUACCUAUAAAAAGCGAGAACUGGCCAGGUUCUCUAAUCCAGUGUUGGCUGCAAGUAAAACUAACAGGAAAUCCUGGGACUCCAACAUCAGCAUUAGCGCAACAGCUGAGGAUUUUUAAGAAACUGAAGGGUUUCAGCCAUGCUAGAUUAUAUGCGGAAUUGAUGAGGGGUAGUUUGAUGUCUCUGUAUAACGCAAAGCAAACCUCGCAUGAAAGCCAAUGGAGUGCAUUUGCCUUCCUUAAAGUGCCCCACAUUCUUUUGGAACUAGCAGGGACUUCAGACAGCGCUAGCAUUGUAUCCGCUUUAGAACUGAUGCUGCAACACAGCCCUUUGCUAGAUGCCAUGGAUGCCAAUAGCUCUUGUUCUAGUUUUGAAUGUUUGUUAAAUGAGCUGUCAAAAAAUAAGUUACUGUCAGAGACGCAGGUUAAAAUGUUUUUGGAAAAGAGGAAAACACCGCCAUCGUUAAAGAUAGAUUCAGUUCCUGGUAAUAACAUGUCUACUUAUUGGCAUAUCUGUGCUGAGAGUACUUUAACUGGGAUUUUGAAAACAUUGUCUUCCGACUAUCAAAAAAUUCAGGACGCUCUUUUAAAAAUGCUCCAUCAAGUCCUAGCCGGCAACAGUUUUGAACUCAUACUUGCUGUAGCUACAGUCCAGGACAAGUUGGGUACUCUAGUGAAUCGACUGAUCAAAUUUAACGAAUGCUCCAAGUCAGCUGGCGAAUCAAAAUCUCAGCUGUUUGAUAUAACCUUCGUAAUGUUGGUGACUAUAGUACAAAAUUAUGGAGCUUCAGCUGUGCUGGACUCGGAUGGAGAUUCACUGUUUGAGCAAUGGGUGAAGUCAUGUAUGGUGGAGAGGAAUAAGCCUAAAGCUGCGGAUCAAAUUCUUAGACUAGGUGAUCCUGUAAUCAUCCAAUCACUAUUGGAACAGUUCAACUCCGGAGAAUCCGAGUUCAAACCCGGCAUCAAAUGGCAGGAACUACUGUUUAACAUACCUGGUGUAAUGCAUGAAGUUCUUGUAGCGUGGGAGCAAGGUACUCUCGUUCCUCAAGACGUGAAACGCAUCCUAGAUGCAGUUAGAGGAAAAAUGUGCUGUUUACCUAUAGUUGCAGCUGCGUGGCUGUGUGCUUAUAUGAGAACGGCUCCACAAGAUACCUUACUCAAACCUAUAAAUAUGGUUCAGCAGCUUUUAAACACGCCAGGUUCAGAAGAGGAUAACUUCAAUGACAGGUGGCAGCUCACUUGUGAAAUUAUCAGGAAAAUGCAGCGGGACGUUCAGCUUCCUUUGCCCCAAAAGAGCGGUCAUUAUUUGGUGUCUAGGAAGCCUGCAACGGAACAAUUGGGAGAGGCUUGGAAACUUGGUAUUGUUCGAGGUUGGUUGGAUCAUAACUCGGCAAGAACUCUCCACUGUCUUCUGGAAACCGCUGGUACGAGAUGGUUGGUGUCUGCCGUCAUUCAAGAACUGGUGAAACUCAGGUACCGAGACCAACUUCAAAGAGGCAUCGACUUGGCUUUGGCUAUGUUCCAUGUUGACAUCGUCGGCUGUACUCGGCAACUUUUAUCCCACGUGUUGCCUCAGUUGUUAUACAACGAUAUACAAGCAGAUGGUCUGAUGGAACCUCAACUUCCAGCCUUAGCUUAUGUUACGAGUUACUGUGUGUUUACUGCAUGGGAUGCGCUGCAAUCUAUGGAGGACGUCGAUACAGACCCUCCAGUCGCCAAAAUGAGCCGCCUCUCCGACACGAAAGAAGAAGAAGCCAAGCCUUUGGAGCAGCUCCUCACCGCUCUUCGCCAACUGCUCUACAUGUUCGAAGGAGUCAUCCAAGAAGGCUCCAUUACCCAGCAAACCUAUUUCGCGUUCUACCUCAUCAAAUCCUUAGUCGAAGUCAAAGUACCAACUGCUAGUGCUGUAUUGGCUGCUAUUCCCUCAUCUCUAAUAUCGGAUUUGCUCAAAACGAUGCCUGAUCUGUUCAGUUAUCCGCUUCUGUUACAUAUUCAUGAUGUUACAAGUACAGCUGGAAGGAUCAAUAUGGCGAAGGAUUUGUGUAUAUUGAGGAACUAUUAUUUGAAGAAUGCUAAAGAUGUUGCUACACGAUAGGUAUGUCAUCUGAGUCGUUAUGGAUUGUAUAUUAAAACGAAAGAGGUGUAUUUUUGCUUCCUUGGGAAUAUGACUAGCUUGCAUCGUCAAUCUUCCUAGUGUUACUUGAUUUCUUGUUUGAGUGAUAAGUUCUUUUGUUAGAUUACAGUUGGAUCAUACCCAACAUAUUACGUCGUUGAAUCCAAGUCCUCGAAAUCGUAGCAUCAAGUCUCUUUGCAGGCUCUGGAUAGAUAGCUUCAAUGAGGUUGCUUUUGGUUUAUUCCACUGCGACCUUUUCAGAUCUAUCGUGGUCCUCCAGCUCUAGAUUACAUUCUCUAGCCUGGCCCUUUUUAAAAGACUUCGAGACUGAACCUUCCACUCAACUCUUUGUCGGUAACUUUUCUUCUCUUAAUGCAAAGAACCGCUCAUUUACCAGGCCUGAUGCUGACAAAAGUGUGGUCUGUUUUUUUCUCUUUUAGGUAGCAGAAUCUGCAUAGGUCAUAUUCUGCCAAUCCUAUAAGCUUAGUGCCCUGUUACCAGAUCUACUAUGGAUUUGACUGUUUUUCUGCUUAUUAGGUCUGCCAUAAACGAAUUCGCCUGUCUUUGUCCUGGUGAAUUUCUCUGCCAUUCUACAGAUUUGUGGGCUACCCACUUUCUUAUAGCCUGUGCAACGUCGCAGAAGGGUUGCAGUCCAACGAAUGGCAUUGAUGAGCCUUGUUUGGUCAUUUCAUCUGAUUUUUCAUUGCCUCAUCUCCCAGUAUCCAGUCUACCCAUACCCAUGCUAGCUUAGAAUUGACAUCUACAGAAUUGAGUGCCUUAAGCGCUGCCUGGCUAUCUGUGAUGAUGGCAACUGAACGGUACGUUCUUUCCUGCCUUUCUAUUUCUUCCAUGCAGUGAUAGAUUGCCGUUAUCUCCGCCUGGAAAAUUGUGACAUCCUUAGAUAGACUCACCCGCAAAUAUAUCCCUUUGCUUUGUCACUACUACACCGGUUGCAUCUAAACAUUCCGUAUAUGUAUUUGGCACCUAGGAGUUUUCUAUUGGUUCCUUGCGGCACGCGGCCAUAUUUCAACCAAUACGAGGCGAGGUGCCAAACGAAUAUACGGAAUGUUAUUCGGUGCGAAAUUCAUAUGCGGAAUGUUAAAUAUUCGUAGACCAAAAAAGACGACUUUUUAUUAAAAUCAGUUAAAGAAGACUGAUAUUAAAAUAUUUUGUUAAUAUAUUAUUAAAUAAAAAUAAAACAAUUAUAUCAUAUGGAAUGUUUGGUGGUAAAUUUAUAUACGGAAUGUUAAAUAUUCGUAGAUAAAAAAAGACGACUAUUUUCGUCUGGUAGCACACAUUCCAAAGUUUCAACAUAAUUGAAUAGCUGAAACAUAUCUAAACAUACUAAAUAAUACGUGAAAGUCAUUAAAAAUUUUGCGAAAGCGAAACCUUAAUCAAAUAAGGAAAUAAUAAUAUCUCUCAAAUCUAUACCAUUCCAUUUAUGAAUUUCGCACCAAAUAACAUUCCAUAUAGGUAAUAAUUGUUUUAUUUUCUUUAAUAAUACAUUAACAAAAUAUUUUAAAAUCAGUCGUCUUUAACUGACUUGAUAAAAAGUCGUCUUUUUUUAAUCUACGAAUAUUUAACAUUCCACAUAUGAAUUUCGCACCAAAUAACAUUCCAAAUCUUCUUUUAACUGACUCAAUAAAAAGUUGUCUUUUUCGGUCUACGAAUAUUUAACAUUCCGUAUAUGAAUUUCGCACCGAAUAACAUUCCGUAUACGCGUUUGGCACCUCGCCGCCUAUUGAUUGAAAUAUGACCGCGUGCUGCAAAGAACCAAUAGAAAAGUCGUAGGUGCCAAAUACAUAUACGGAAUGUUUAGAUGCACAGCUGUUCCUACACCCUCUGAUGUUUUUGAGCCAUCAGUAUAACAGGUAGCUUCUGCUUGUAUGAGUACACCUUCCUUCUAGUCUUCUCUGCCUGGUAUAUUUUGAAUUUAUUGUCAAAGUUAUAUGUCAUAGCUGCUGCAUCGAUGGGUUGUCCCCAACGAACUGUCAACACUGGUGGAAUCUACAUGAAGCGAACUUAAUGACGCCAGGAUGAGAUAGAAGAUAAUCAGGUAAAGGAGGGAAGAUAAUCGCCAUCUUUCGUAAACAAACAAAUUGACAGUGUUAGUCAGGUACGUCAGGGUUGCCAGAUUGGGGUAUUUUCCCACAAUUUUGGGGUAAUUUGCAAGCGUAUAGGGGAACUUCUCUAAGCACAAAUGGUUGGGAGAUUUUUUGGGGUAAAAAUUAUGGAAGAUUUUAAGGGGUCAUGGGAAAUUAAAUUUGCGAAUGUACACAUAGAACUGUAUAUUAUACUCUCAUAUAAUCGAAGAAGAUAGGACCUAUGAAUUAUUUCCAGAGCUCUUUGUUGAUAAGUAGUAUAAUUUUUGUUUACUCUUCUCUACAUUUGACUACUAAUUUAUUAAAAUGCGGCAAAAAUUUAAAUUUGGAUGAUUUGAGAGAAUUUCAGUUUCUAAGUGGGGGUUUUAUAAAAUCACAUCUGGCAACUCUGGUGGUAGUUAUAGCAAAUUUUACCUGACAAAUUCUCUGUCUCUCUAGAACCUCUCUCUUGUAUGUUGGCGCCAAUCUCGCUUCACUGUUGGAAUGGGACGGGGUCAUUCCAUCAGUGUUAACAGUUCGUUGGUUGUCCCACUACAUUAUCUCCUUUUAGCUCCUCAAUUUGCUUUCUAUUGUCAGCACUCUGUUAUGGCGUAUAUGUUGUUGACCAUGUAUUAAUCUUUGCAUCACUGAUCUGGCUUCGCCCUGUAUACAGAUAUAUGAAGUGGUGGUAGACUCAGCAGGACUCCAACCCCGAUGUACUAGAUAUAGUGCAAACACUCCUGACCACGGCGCAGUAGACGAAAUUUGGUUUAGUCCCCACUUCCAUGCGAAACGCACGGUAUCUACAAUAGAAUUUUUCUGCCUUUCCGUGAAUUUUGACAUUUUGACUCCGCCUUCGCGCAGCUCCAUGGUCAGGAGUGUUUGCACUAUUUCUACUGACCCAUAGGUUAUCAUUGGUUUUGUAUUAUCGUAGGAUAAUUUUGGUGUUGAGCCCCCAAUUCUUACCGCACAUUCUUCUACAUCUGCCCAAUGACAUAGUCGAUUUCUAUGUGGUUUUCAGUAUGUGAGGAUUCCUUGUAAGCCUAUGAUAAAAAUAUACCCCUAGAUAUUUUGUUUAUUUGGUAAAUGAACUCUCUGUUCCUCCCAACACCGGUGGUUUUAGGCUUUGUAAUGCUCUCUUUUUUAUGAAGUUGAAGAUUUGUGUUUUUUGAGCUUUGAUUGUCUUGUUUACGCCAGUUAUCAACUACACUAAGCAUCAAAAUUAACGAACCACCUUAAAAAUGGGAAAUUUUUGAUGUCUCGUAUUUCCUAAACCUGUUGUCCGAUUUGAGUAAUUUUUUUGUAUAUUAUAGCUUUAUUCUUCAAGAAUAUCGAUUUAAUAAUAUUAUUGCUAAACAGGUUAGUGUCAUUGUAUACCGGGUGUAACAAAGAUAGUGUGUUUUUUUCUCAGAGUUUGGAACACCCUGUGGAAUAUUCUAGCGUAUAUAAAAUAUUGAAAUUAAAAUUCAGCUGUAGCCUUAUGCUUUCUUAACAUUUUGCUUUUCGAUUCAUUCGCUUAUGUUGGAUAAUAAAAAAGUUAGGUACUUUAACCCUUAUCCGGGCAACACAUUUUACUUACAUAACCGGGCAACCCGGGUCCAUUGGGCCCACCACUGUUCUUGAAUGUACUAUUCAUAUUUACCCAUAUAUUUUUCUAAUAUUCUUUUUUGAUUUUUUAUUAAAGUUAAAUUUAAAUUGUCUAGAUUAAAAAAAGGUGCUACUAUAGUAUGCGGUCUACCUCGAGGGUGCUUACACUUAUCUGGCUUUGAAUAUACUGACUUGAAAGGACACCUACCUGGAUACGGAACAACUUGCUCAUCUACCGUUAUGUUUUUUUCUGGUAAAUAGUGUAUUUCUGAAAGAUUUGGUUGACUUGAUUCCACACAUCGCGUAUUGCUGCUAAUUUGUCGUUCCUUCUUCGUUCAGACCUCGUGCCCUUAUCGUCAAAUCGAACAAAUCUUAGCAAAUUUUUGAAUCGUUUUAACCCCAUGGUAGCUUUAAAUAUAGUGGGUCCAUAAAGCUUACUCCAAAGUAUAUCUACAUUAUGGAUGUUGGCACUCAGGUGCCCCGCUGUUAGUAGUAGUCUAAUAAAGGCAUAUAGCUCUGUAGAGUCGCAAUAUUUCCAGUUCCCUACCCCCAGGACUUUUUCGGCUUCUUUAUUUAUACACUUCACUAUUUAGUUCACAAUUUUUUCGUCCAAAAAAAAACAAAAGAAAUCAACAGGAUCAUCUACAUUUUGACCAGGGGCUAACAUUACUUUGUGCACUUUGCUUUUUAUUAUGUCGCAGGAUCGCAUACGUCCUCGCAUACUUCCAGUUAAUUCCAUCCUUAGUUUCAAAAAUUACACACUCUUAAAUCUGGGAACUUGUAGCUACACAUUCUUCUUCAUUAUCAGUCAAUACUACUUGCUGAUCAUCCUCUUCACUUGCUUCCGAAAGAUGAUCUUCAAUUUCAGAGUCACUUUCAAUGCCGCCUACUUCAGGAGAUUAUUCAUCAUCGGAGUCCCAUAAAUUAUUAGCAAUAUCUUGCAGUUCUGCAGCUGAUAAUGGAUUUCGGGACAUUUUAUUCGCACUAUGUACUUUCACUGUAAUUCAAUAUAAUUUUAAGAGCUUAGUUGUAGGCACUAACAUCGAUAUCAAACGACUGAUAGCAGAUGCAUUAUUCAUUUCAAAAUAUGUAUAGGUACCUACCUAACAAUAUUAUUGCAUUCCAACAAUGAUUAUCAGUUUUUAAAAUUCAUUUAUGAUGAUUUAAAAUUCAUUAACAAUGAUUACAUUGUUUGUUACACGUUUAGACUUUAUUAUUGGAUUUCCGGAAUCGUAAAAGUCGUUUAGAUAAUCCACAAAAACAUUACCUGACUGCCAGAUUAACUGCUGUAACAAAGAUUUAGACUUUAGGUAUAAAUGCAAAUAGGGUCCGAUGGGCCCGUGUUGCCCCUUUACUUGACAAAAUACUUUCGACCCAAUAAUUUCACAAAUGAUAAUGAAUAUUUUGAAUAGCUCAUGACUAUGUUUAAGUAAACAUACUUCUAAACAAAUUCAGUGAUGCAUAAAAUUCAAUAAAAAAAUUUUUAUCAGUUUAUGAUAAAAGAGUUUGCGUCUCGGGCCCGUUGGACCCACCUUACCCGGAUAAGGGUUAACAACUAGCAACGUUCUUCAUCAAUACAGGGUGCUUCUAAAUAAGUGCGGCAAACUUUAAGGGGUAAUUCUGCAUGAAAAAAUAAUGACCAUUUGCUUUAUAAACAUAUGUCCGCAAAUGCUUCGUUCCCGAGAUACAGGAUGCUGAAUUUUUUCGUACAAACUGACGAUUUAUUUAUUGCUCUAAAACCGGUUGAGAUAUGGAAAUAAAAUUUAGUAGGUUUUAAGAGGUAGUUAUUGCGUAUUUUUUGACAUACAAUUAAGAAUUUUAUAUUCACCAUUGGCGUGCAUACGGGUUAUAUUACCCGGUCAUAUGCUAGUUGUUGUAACUUUUUUAUUAUCCAACAUAAGGAAAUGAAUCAAAAAGCAUAAUGUUAAGAAAGCCUAAGGCUACAGUUGAGUUUUAAUUUCAAUAUUUUAUAUACGCCAGAAUAUUCCACAGGGUGUUCCAAACUUUGAGGAAAAAACACACUACCAUUGUUACACCCGGUAUACAAUGACACUUAUGAUAAGUGACUUAUCUGUUUAGCAACAAUAUUAUUACAUCAAUAUUCUUGAAGAAUAAAGCUAUAACGUACUGAAAAAAUCACUAAAAUCGGAUAACAGGUUUAGGAAAUACAAGACAUCAAAAAUGUCCCAUUUUUAAGGUGAUGCGUUAAUUUUGAUGCUUAGAUAUUUAGGGCUACUAGCAUUCUCCCAGACACCACCUGGACGAAUUUGCCCCUGGCGACGAUUGCAAUAUCGUCACCAUAUCCUAGACCUAGACAGUAAAUCUUGUGUGAACAGAUUUUUGAAAAGUUCAUCUACCAAGGUUGUCCAAUGUAGACGUGACAGAACUCCUCCCUGUGGAUAUCCUCAAUCUGCUCUUGCUUUGCUGGUUGCUUUACCCAUUAUGGAUAUUACUAUUCUAUUCCCAGGGAUGCCCUUAUCCAUGUGGAUAUUACCACAAAUGUUCCUCGUCUAGUUAUUGCCUUUAUCAAAGAGUUCAUAGUAACACUAUUACAUGCCACUUCAAUACCUAAAAAAGCGGCCAUUGCCAUCUGUUUGUCCUCCAUUGACUUCAUGCAGGGCUUUGGACUUAGCUUGGGCAGGCUCCGGAUACAAAUAAUAAUCUCUAGGAAUCAAACUUGGAGAAUAGCACAAAUGGAAGCUAAUUCAAAACACAAUAGGGAACUUGCAUAAAAUUUUAAAUUCGAAAAAAAUGGUAUAAAUCACAACAGAACAUAAUUUAAAACAUGUAUCAAAGAUAAAACAGUUUUGUUUGUUUUUCGUUUGGCCCGUAAAGACGAUUAAAAAUUCAAAUUAUACCAGUCAGCCCAAAACGCGUCGUGACGUCAUCGGGCUAUAUGUUUACAUUCUGAACCAACAAAGUAAACAAAAUUGUAUAUAAUUGAAGACACAAGUGCGUGAAGGGUCUAUGUGACAUUUGCAAGUUAUUGAGAAAAAUGAAGUUAAAGUUUUUAUACUAGAACUUUUUUACUCAUCAUCAUUCUCUUUGCCUUAUCCCUAUGCGGGGUCGGCUUCCCUAAUUGUAUUUCUCCACACAAUUCUAUCUUGGGUCAUAUCAAUGUUAAUCCCCUUUACCAACAUGUCCUGCCUUAUCGUCUCCCCCCAGGUCUUUUUUGGUCUUCCUCUCCUACUCAUUCCAGGAAUCUGCACUUCAGCUAUUCUUCGUAUUGGGUGAUUAACAUCUCGACGUUGAACAUGACCAAACCAUCUUAAUCUAUGCUCUCUCAUUUUGGCAUCAAUUGGUGCCACACCUAGACUUCCCCUAAUAUACUCAUUUCUAAUUUUAUCCUUCUUUGUCACUCCACUCAUCCCUCUAAGCAUUCUCAUUUCCGCCACAUGCAUUCGUUGUUCCUCUUUCUUUUUCACUGCCCAACAUUCAGUUCCGUACAUCAUAGCCGGUCUUAUGGCUGUUUUAUAGAAUUUUCCCUUCAGCUUCAUUGGAAUUUUUCUGUCACACACCACACCACUCGCUUCUUUCCACUUCAUCCAUCCAGCCCUAAUUCUACUUCAUGCAUCUCCAUCUAUUUCUCCAUUACUCUGUAAUACCGAUCCUAGGUACUUAAAACUAUUGCUUUUCACAAUCAUUUCACCAUCCAAAGAUACUAUUUUAUUUGUAGUAGCUCUAUCUUUAAAUGAACAUUCCAAAUACUCUGUUUUUGUCCUACUAAGUUUUAAGCCUUUUUCCUCCAGAGCUUGUCUCCACUGUUCCAGUUUUUGUUCUAAGUCUCUUUCACUAUUUCCUACUAAUACGACAUCAUCAGCAUACAUUAAGCACCAUGGAAUGUUACCCUGUAGUUUUGCUGUUAUAGUCGGUUCGCUAAACUCAGACGCAACUGGCUAGAUAUUUUAGUCCAUAAUUUUUUUGUUUUUUGCCAAUUUUGCAAAAAUUGGCAAAAUUACUAACUAUUUAGUGAUUAUUAACUAUUUAGUAAUUAUUUUUUGCCAAUUUUACUAAAAUUGGCAAAAUUACCGACUAAAAUAUCUAGAAAGUUGCGUCUGAGUUUAGCGAACAGACUAUAUCUGGUCCAAAACUAAUGAGAAUAAAUACGGACUAAGCACAGAGCCUUGAUACAAUCCUACUUUUACAUGAAAUUUAUCCGUCUCUCCCACACCUGUCCUAACACUAGUCGUUACUCCCUCAUACAUAUCCCUCACAAUCUUUACAUAUUCACCAGGGACUCCUUUCUUGUUGAGUGCCCACCACAGAAUCUCUCGAGGAACUCUAUCAUAUGCUUUCUCAAGAUCAAUGAAUACCAUAUGGGCGUUUGUUUCUUUAUCCUGUAUUUUUCCAUCAACUGCCUUAUAAUGAAAAUAUCAUCUGUUGUUGAUCUACCCUGCAUAAAGCCAAAUUGAUUCUCGGAUAUUUCGGUCUCUUCACGUAUCCGUCUAUCAAUUACUCUUUCCCAUAUUUUUAUGGUGUGGCUAAGCAGUUUUAUAGCCCUGUAGUUUGUACAUUGUUUUAUAUCUCCUUUGUUUUUGUAGACAGGUAGUAGUAUACUGCUUCUCCAUUCGUCUGGCAUUAGUCCAACUUCCAUAAUUCUAUUAAAUAAACCUUCUAAGCCACCUUGUUCCUGUCUCUCUUAAUGGUCUCCAUACUUCCCCAGGAAUAUCAUCUGGUCCUACCGCUUUUCCUUUCUUUAUUUUUUGAAGCGCUUGAGCCACUUCCUCGCUUGAGCCACUAGAACUUUUUUACUAUAAGAUCUAAAUAGACUAAAUUUAUAGGAUAGGUAGUCCUAAAGCUUAUAUAUUUAUUAACACUAUUAAAAAAAACUUAACAAAAAUAUUUACUAUAUAUUUUUUAUAUAUAAAAAGUGUACAUAGAUCUUUUAUGCACUUACAUUUUAAAAUUUACUGUGUACAUAGAUCCUUUACACUCUAGUAACUUAGAAAAUAUUAAUUUUAAUACAUGUUUGGCUUGUUUGAAAGAUUUUUAGGUUCGAACAACUUACUUUUAACAUAAAAAACAUGUUUUGAAAAAUUUUAACAUAGACCCUCCAUGCACUUGUGUCUUCAAUUUUAAAUUAGACAUUAUAAACGUCAGUAGAAAAUGCAGUUAUGUGACGUUACAAGUGUUUUUGAUCGUUUGAACUAUUCAUAGAAAAUUUGUACUUUUACAAAAUGGUUUUAUUUUCCCUAGUGAACCUUCUUUCCUUUUCUUCAAUAACUAAAUCAAACUCCAAUCUCAAAAAACUGGUAUAUAUUAUUACAAUAACAUACGAUAAAUGUCAUUAGAAUAUAAAUAUUUUUCCUUUAUUCCCCGACGACGAGCUGGCCAAAUACCCAAGUAGGUGGAGGCCAAUAAACUAAAGAAGAAUCAGAAGAAUAUACCUAAAUAUAACCAUAAACGGAACCAUAUAGUUAAACUCUGUGACGUCACGGGUCGUUUGAACUAUUUUCAAAUACAGAAGACUUUAAAUUUGUACUUCUAAGUUAUUACGAGUUUUUGAAGCGUGAAAUUUUGGAAAUCUCAUUUUUAUACAAAACUGAACAUUAUCAUGUAAUAAAAAAAUGUGCAAGUUCCCUAUUCAUGAAGCUUUUUGCAGACUUCUGUAGGUACAGAUGUGAUAUAUAGAGUGAAAAGCAGGUUUUGCUUUACCAAACCAGCUUAUUUCUCGUUAGUUUUUUGAUUCUUUACAAAAUUACGCGACACAUUAACUUUGGCGUACUGUCAAAAACGGACCAAUUGACAGACUGCUCUUUACUGUCAUAUUUAACUUACAAAAACAUGAUUCUAUGGAAUGAUAAAGCAGAUUCCUUUAAAUUCGCUCUAUCUAGGUACUAGACCUAGAAGUUUUUCGCUUCCAGUUUUCAUAUUUAUUGAACUUUCGAUUACGGUUUACAAUUUUUUUUACUUAUUUUGACAAUUUUUCAACAAAUGACAUUGAAACAAAUUUAUCUACUCUUCAAAUGCGAUUCUCAAUUUUAUAUUUGAUGUAAUUUUGCUUUAUUUAUAUUAGAAUAAGAUAGGCAAAGGAAUAGUAAAAUAAAUGAAAUUUUUAUUAA